GCCAGAUCAUUUGGGCCAUGAGGUCACCGUGGCUAUCGGAGGUUAUUGUCUCGUGGGCCUUGCAUGGCGGGUCAGGGAUGCUGGCGUCCUAGAAAGGGUGCGAGCCCUUGGAUAUCGCCAUCGCAGGUAUAAGAGACCCCAGUUCUCGGACUGAGAUGUUGUUCGACAGAGCAUCCAUCCGCUGCCAUCACAGCGUCCAUUCUUUCGCACCUUUGCCAGCUCCCAACAAUCUUUCACUGGAAACAUUCGCUCUUUCAACCUGCUCCAUAGCCACGUUCGUUCAGUGACUACGCCAUUCUCUAUCUGGGCCAUGUAUAACCCCAAGAGCCUUUCGGAAUUGCUAUGCCUCGUGCUGGCUGUUGCUCCGCCGAGCGUCCUCUCCGCACCGGUUGCCCCCAGUAACGGAGUCCUGGCACCCAGACAGGCCCAUCAUUUCAACAGCAACACCCAAGCCGGCUCGGGCAUGGACUUCUCCAUCCCGGAUGGCCCAUCCUUCAACGCUGGCAACUUCGCCUCCAAUAGUUACCAUGAAGGCAACGGCGACAAUGGUGGCUCGAGUGAGUCGAGCAACACCGACGCCGGUGACUCUUACAACAUCGGCAUCCCGGAUGGUCCCAGCUUCAACAUGGGCAGUUAUUUCCACAACAGCUAUGAGGAGACGGAAGAGCCACGGCCAGAGCCCACUUCAACCACUUCUACGACGUCGCCUACCACGUUCCCCCCCGAGUCCACGGUAGCUCCUCCUCCUCCUCCACCUCCACCGCCAGUGAAUCCUCCUAUCGAGACGACUACCUCUGCCCCUGCUCCUCCUGCUACGCACACUACAACUACUACCACUACCCAUCUCCUUCCUGCUCCCUCGACCACAAGUGCCCCUGCUCCUCCAGUUACACAUGCUCCUCCUGCGCCUCCUGCGCCUCCUAUCACUACAUCUUCCACCAUUUCCCACUCUUCGACACCAUCCUCUCCCUCUGAACCCGCUCCUCCCACAUCCUCCACCACUACUCCCCCGGCUGCUCCCUCAUCUCCCUCCACCACUACUUCUCCGGCUGCUCCCUCAUCUUCCCACGCAUCCCUAUCCCCUUCCCCGUCCCCAUCCCCGUCCCCAGCUCCAUUCUUUCCCUCUGAGUCCGCUUCCCCCGCUCCCUCCGCCCCCACUGUCCACAAUCCCCCAGCAGAUACCAUCGAAGGACCCGAGGAGCCAGCCGGCCAAGAAUGCCCAGCUUCAGAGCCCGAGCCCCAACCCGAGUCGCAACCCGAACCAUCUCCUGAGCCCGAGUCUACCCUCAAGCCUCAACCAGUUCCUGUCCCUGCCCCUACCCUUGCUCCUGAGCCCCAACCCGAGUCGCAGCCCGAAACCUCUCCUGAACCCGAGACUACCCCCGAGCCUCAAUCAGCUCCUGCCCCUGCCCCUGCUCCUGAGCCUCAACCUCAUCCUCAGUCUCAACCGGAAUCGGAACCAGAACACUCACCUGAAUCCGAGCCCAAGGUUGCUCCCAUCCCUCCAUCGCCCGCUGUCUCAGCCCUACCCGCAUAUACCUGCCGGUGCGCGGCAUAAGAGGCAUGUCCUCGACGCGGGACCAAGCGGGCUAAGAUACGAUACGCCCUAUCUUCACUCACUCACUAGUAAAGAUAUUUCCUUUGUUCAUCAUCAUCAUCAUCAUCAUCAUCAUCAUGCUUUCCUUUCUCUAUACAAAUUCAUGUGUUAUUACAAAAUUGGUUGAUUGAUGGUAUCCGAUUGUCUGGGACUUGGAUCGGGUUGGGAACGGGCUGUUUAUUUAUUUCGGGUUGUCGUUUCUUCUUUCCGACUUUAUUUCGUUCUGUGGGUAUUGCUGGCUGGUCUGCAUUUCUCUUGCAGGGAAUUUUGUAUUAUACUGUCUUUUUUAAUAAGAGAAAUAAUGUGAAACAGUUGAUUUGAU